AUGAUGACUAUGACCGCGAUGGCUGACGGUCUGUUAGCACCAGACUCAUCCAAGUCGGCCUUUCUGGAGUUUGGACAUCCAGCUCAGCAGUCAUCCCCUGGCAUGUCCCAUGGACACUAUCCGGUGCACGGCUUGCACUCGAGCGGACAUUCUCAGCACGAUGGUUCUUACUCAGGCGCCUCUUCGUAUGGCAGAUCGCUGGGUUACCCGUACCCAAGCCCAGUUAGCAAUCAUGCACCUAAUCCGUACAUGCCAUACCAGAACAACAGCACUUUGGGUCACACCAGGUUAGAAGACACAGGUAAGAACCGUUCAGACGCGGAACACGAGAAGUCGACUGUAAUCGAAAAUGGAGAAAUCCGAUUGAACGGGAAAGGGAAAAAGAUCCGAAAACCGAGGACCAUUUAUUCGAGCUUACAACUGCAGGCUCUGAAUCAUCGCUUCCAGCAGACGCAGUAUUUGGCAUUGCCAGAGAGAGCAGAAUUGGCAGCCUCUCUGGGACUCACCCAGACUCAGGUGAAAAUUUGGUUUCAGAACAAGCGCUCCAAGUACAAGAAACUGAUGAAACAUGGCUCCAGUGUGCAAGAAGGUGACCAUCUGCCCACCUCUGCUGCUUUGUCUCCAUGUUCACCUAAUAUCCCACCAGUCUGGGACGUUGCCAUGGCAAACAAGGGUGCCACUAUGCCUCCAAACAGCUACAUUAACAGUUUUGGGUCAUGGUACCCACCAGCCCACCAGGACACCAUGCCAAGGCCCCAGAUGAUGUGACUGACCAGGAGUACAAUACAUCCCACAGACUCUCUAUCAAUUAGACUAAAAAGGUUACAUGAUUUGUGGUAGUUACGUACCAGAAAAAAUGACUGAUUUUUAGAUAGCAAUGGCUAUAUGCUUUCAGUCAUAC